ACCGGAAACAAAUAACCAAAACAACUCGGCGGCCGCUCAGUGUGUUUGUCUGAGGCCAUGUUUGUUGUUUAAAAGUACCAGCGCAUUGGUGAACAUAUCACUUCCACUAGAUAUGUAGGGGAUGCCGCUUCGGGCCAACUUUUAGUCAAAAAGAAACUCACGUUUUAGCUUUUUUUAUUUCCAUGUUUACGUUUCAUUCACCUUGUGUUUGUUUUCAAUUGCGCUAAUAUGGAGAGCCGUAGAAGCCACCGUCGGAGGAAGCACACCGGGGCUGCCUGGCUUCUCUACUCGGUGCUCGGUGCGUGUCUCUGGGCUGCAGCGGUUGGUUACAAGCCGGUGAUCAUCGUACACGGCUUGUUCGACAGCUCAGGAGACUUCAAAAAUUUGCUGCGCUUUAUCAACGAGUCGCAUCCUGGGACCAACGUGACAGUGAUCGACCUGUUUGACAGAAGUGCCAGUCUGGAGCCCAUGUGGACGCAGGUGGCCGGAUUCAAGGACGCUAUUUACCCAAUAAUGCAAAACGCUGCAGAUGGUGUUCACUUCAUCUGCUACUCCCAGGGUGGACUCAUCUGCAGAGGCAUUCUCUCCACUCUGCCGGACCACAACGUUCACUCGUUCAUCUCUCUGUCAUCUCCUCAGGCGGGACAGUACGGGGACACAGACUACUUGAAGUACAUCUUCCCUCAGUUUGUGAAGUCCAACCUGUUCCACUUGUGCUACACUGCCAUCGGCCAGAGAAUCUCCAUCUGCAACUACUGGAAUGACCCCCACCACAGGGACAUGUACAUGAACAGCAGCAAUUAUUUGGCUGUUCUGAACAAUGAAAGAUCAAACCCCAAUGCAACAGAGUGGAAAAUGAACUUCUUAAAGAUCCAGAAGCUGGUGUUGAUCGGAGGACCAGAUGAUGGCGUCAUCACUCCCUGGCAGUCCAGUCAGUUUGGGUUUUUUGAUGACAAUGAAACAGUCGUUGAGAUGCAGUUCCGGGAGAUUUACUUAAGAGACUCGUUCGGUCUGAAGACCCUGGCGGCUCGUGGCGAUGUCAUCAUAUGUACGAUGGCGGGCGUGGAACAUGUGUGGUGGCACUCCAACGAGACCGUCUUCCACACGUGUAUGGAGAAAUGGCUUGUGUAACACACACACACAUACAGCUCCUGCUUUUGAUAGAUUUUUAAGACUCUUAGCUGGACUGCCGUGUUUUAGUUUCUCAACGUUUUUUUUAAUCUGGUGUAGGCUAGAGGGCGCUUUGUUCCCUGGAGGAAAAUUAAUGACCAGUUUGUCAUGAAAAAAAGCCUCUUUUUUUUGCCCAAAUCAAUUACAUUAUUACUAUUUGCACAUGGCAUGUGUCCAUAAAUGAAAAGCUAGAUUAAAAUAUUGCAUAGCUUUGUUGAUGCACAGCGUGUAACUAGUCAUGAACUCUUGCUAUAGAAGAUUUCACUGAUGAAUUUUAUAAUCAGAUGACUCUUUACAAAAUUAUAUUUUUGUGAACGAUGCUGAAAUAUUGCUUAAAACUUGUAUCAGAAGUUGCACCUUAUUUUGAUCAGAGUUAGAUGAUUUUGAUGCAAAAUGUUCUCCAACAUAGUGGAAAAAGUGUUUCAUUUAAUAGUCAUUCAUGCAGAAUGUGAAUGCUAUGUUUGAAUUCAACUGAAUUGAAAUGACUACAUGUUUAGCCCUCACAACUUAGUAUUUCUAGAAUUUCUAGAGAUUUGUUCGAACAAUCUUUGAAAUAAUAGCUUGUACCAGAAGUAUUGUUUUGAUGCAUUCAAGUGCCAGAGUAUCAUUAACUGUUGAAAGUUAUCAUGGAUUUGUUGCAUUAUAAAACAUGUGACCUUCAUAGAAGUUAUACGACUCAAGUGUUGAGCUCACUCUCAACAUGGGUGUAUGUGUGCGUGUGUCUAUGGACACUUUUACCUCAGAAUCCCAAUUCUACAGUGCCUCAACAACCUUUUGUCCAUUUGUACAGACUAGCUCAUCUUAGAACACGACUUCUUAUCUAAGCUGUGUACUGUGUGCUCUGCAUGUCUUUUGUUAUGAUUAGAAGAAGCCUUAAGUAUUACUCCUCAUGCCUCAGUGUUCUGUGACCCAUACCAAAAGUGCUCACGACCUCUGUUCCUCAACAAUGGUGCGAAUAGUCAUGUGAAAUUAGUUCUGCAGUGCUAUAGAAGCAAACGUAUUUUUGCCUUUCAUUUUUCAUUGUACGUCUCUGCUGUUUGUAGAGGGCUUUGGCCACUUGGUCUCCUUUAAAAGAUUUUUUACUUGGAUUUAAAUCAGAAAGCAUGAAGCUUCUAGCCCAUAUUGUGAAACGUGUAUAUUAAUUAUUUGAUCAACUGACCUUGUGCUAAUUUUUUUUUUUUUACCAGACUUUAGCGGCAGACGCACCAGUGGUUUUGGAUUUGUUUUGUCACAAUUAAGGUGUUACAGUUGGCCGUUGUCUAAAAGGCUCUGCUGCAACUCACUCUGAAGUCCUAAGUUUCGGCCGAUAAAUACAUGAUCUAGAAGAGAAUCCAUGCCACUGCAUGUUUGCCGUAGAACGUCAGGGAAUUGAAAAUACUGAGGAGCACUGAAGAAUAUUCAGUCUGAACAGUCAACUGAACUGAGAUAUCAGGUGUGGAUGGGAUGGAAAUGCAGCAUUUGCUCUGGAUGAAGAACACAAAUGUUCCACUCGUCCCCAGUUAAAACUGGUUUAACCUUUUGCCUUGAUGACUGCUUACUAUAUGGCAUGAGGGAAUUGACAUUUUGACACCAAUGACAGUAAAUCUCCUCUUCAUUUUCGUGUUAAAAUGGAAAACUAUCAUAUUCUUAAUUUGAAAAGGGACUGCAACAAAACCUCAAAGAAUAUAGUUAUAAAUAAAUGAAAUAAAGGGAACAGACAAGGGAACGAUAGUAAAUAACUGCACGUAAAUGAUAGAGAUGAUAAAUUAGAUUUUGUUUCAAAGCCAUUUCAUUGUCUGCAGAAUUUUUACUUGUUGAAGGGUUGUCAAAUGUCCUUGUUAUUUGGCUUUUUGAAGAGUGAAAAAAUAUUUUGCAUCACAGUACUGUUUGUGUACUCCACCGUGGCCCCUGUGUCAAAUGUUAUUAAUCAAAUAAAGAUUUUUUUAAACUAC